AUGUCAGUUAUUAUACAUCACUACAAGUGCACUCUACUUGACCCAAAUGGAGAGAGAAGUUUCAAGUAUCCAAAAUUGAUUACCAACGACUGGUGGUUCAGAGAUACCUAUAAAUCAGGAGUUGCUGCAAGAUUUGUGGUUGAAUCAAUUAGCUUUAAAAUCAACGCACUUUUUAACACUGUGACAGUAGAAUUUGAGUAUGGUAAAUAUGCUAUCUCAACAAAAACAGUGAAUGACGAAAUUUAUUUAUGUCAUUUACUUCUCUAUGAAUUUAAAGAGAAUAAUUCUUUUAAAAGAAUAAUCAAUUUAAUUGAUAUAAAUCAAAAAAUAUUUGAAUAUGUCAGAGAAAUAAAUGAUUUGACUUGUAAGAAUAGAUUGCAAAAGUAUGUGUCGCCCAAUCGACCGGAUAGUCUAGAUUCAGCAAAAGCAACACUAAGAUGCAAUUGGCAGCAACUAGCAUGCUUUCCAAGUGAGUUGGUCAGAUUUCGAUUGAAUCAGAGAUUCAAAGAGGUGUUGGAGUCGCUUCUCAUCGCCAUGACCACUGCUACAGCCCCUGACAGUUCUCAGGCUUUUCCAACCAAUUUCCUGUCGUCGUUCCUCAAAUCUCUGACAAAGGCUGCAUCACGUGGAAAUCUAGAGUUAAUACAAUAUACUUUCGAGCGAUGUUUGGAGUACAAAAUCGAUCUGAACUCUGGAGCUUAUCAAAUCGACUUUACCAAGAUAUUUAAUAAAGCCGUUGCCAAAGGACAUUUGCCAAUUGUUGAAUAUAUCUUUAGAGUAUCAAAGAUUGCUGAUUCCAGUGAUGGAAUGCAGAUUGCUUGUUGCAAUGCAAAUUUAGAGAUUGCUACAUUCAUACUGGCAAAUGGUUGGUUUGGAGAAAAUGGUACUGGAAAGAUGUGGAUGUAUCAUGCUGCUUUAAGUGGACACAUUCACAUUUUAGAAUUGUUACACCAAUCUAAUAUUCCACAGAAUCUUAAAGGAGCAAUGGAUGGUGUUGCAUCCAAAGGUCUUUUGUCGGUAAUGACUUGGCUCCACAAGAAUAGAAAUGAACAAUACACUCAAUCAACCUUGAAAAGUGCAGUUAAAAAUAACCACUUUGACAUUGUCAAGUUCUUGCACCUUAAUGGUGAAUUUGUUUCAACAGAAAACUUGGUCGAUCUGGCAGCUGGAACCGGAAAUCUAGAAAUGGUUAAAUAUCUCUGUGAGGUUAUGGGUCAUAGUGGUUCACCAAAAGCAGUGGAUGCUGCGUCUAGUCUUGGAUUCCUGCCGGUGGUUGAAUAUCUAUUGCCGCAAAGUGGAUGCACUGCCAAUGCAUUUGAUAAAGCUGCCAACCAAGGUCACCUGGAAAUCGUACAGUAUUUGCAUUCCAAUUCCACUGCUGGUUGCACUAGAGCAGCAAUGACAUUCACUGUUUCAAAUCCACAGUAUUUACCGGUACUCGAGUUCCUAGUUGCCAAUAGAACUGAGGGAGCUGCUCCUCCGAUGGCAAUGAAUUUCGCAGCGAGUAAAGGCAAUCUCGAAGCCGUUAAGAUCCUACACGAAAAGCUAGAUCACUCUUUCGAAUUUGAAUUGUUGGAUAUGGUGGCAUCGGGAGGUCAUUUCGAAGUUUUCAAGUAUAUCCAUUCCAAAGGAGCCAAUUGCACUGAAAGUUCAAUGGAUUAUUUUUGUAAGUUUGGCAAUAUUGAACCGUUGGAAUGGUUGGCCAAGAACAGAACUGAAGGAUGUUCAGAUUUUGGCUACUAUAUGGCGGCAAUGUAUGGUCAUUUGGCACCUAUCAUCUGGAUACACAAGAAUUAUAAUCUACCUUGUCAUCCUGAUGCCGUGGCUGCAGCUGCAAAAACCGGAAAUCUUGAGCUCGUCCGAUAUCUGGUUGAAGAGUUAAAGGCACCGGUCGAUCUAAUGGCAAUCAUAAAUGCAGGAACCAGAGGACAUCUUCCAAUAGUUCAAUUCCUCAUUCCUCAUUCAACUCAAGAGUCUAUGGAGAGAGCACUUGAAAGCGCUACAAUCAACAGACAUUUACCAGUUAUCGAAUUCCUCUCGAGUACCGUCAGCAUACCAUCAACAACAAAACAAACAAAGAUUAUAAAUUCCGUUUGUUAUGAUUAUAGAAAUAGAUUAAAUUUUAUUCAAUCAAAUAAAUUAUAA